GGACAUACAUGCAUUUAUGGUGUCUUUUCAUGGGAAUUACCUUGUUUUUAAAAGAGGUGAAGAGCGCUUCUAUCACAGUGAUCAUCGUGCAUCACUAGCAAACAGGGAGGGGAGAUGAAAAACAGGUACAAAAUCAUCAUUGCUCCAAUCUGUGAGGGAUGUUGUGACUUUUCCCCAUCCUUCCUCUUUGCGCUCGUGCAUCCCAAGUGCAUUCCUCACCCUUCUGCAAUCAGGUUCUGCUCCAUGUGACACACUGCAAACCAGCUGCUUCCCCUGUUACUUGUGAGCCUGAACUGGAUGAUGCUGCAGGUUACUUAAAGGCACAUGCUCUCAAAAUUAUUGUAGAACUCAAUCAUAGAUUGCUGCUUGCAGUUGCGGAUGAUUGCAAGUGACUGGUAAUAGAGUUGGGCUUAUUUUGAGGCUGCGGAGAAGAAAGUGUGAUCAGCGUCUCAGUGAUGUGCUUUCACAACUGCAGUAUGCUCUAGGGAUAAAUCAUGAGCUGCUGUGAAAGCAUGGUGAUUGUGCAGAGCUGUCAGACAGAAACAUGCAAAUUCCAGUCCUUCUCCAGCUAGACCAGGCACGUCUCCAGACUAAGAUUAGCUUCCCAAAUUCCCUCAUCCCCACCAUUAGACAUUAAGCAUAACCAUAACCAACUUUGCGCCCUCAAAGACCUGAGUAAAUAUUUUGUUGUUGUGGUACCAAAAAAAGCCUGCCGUUAAGGGUGCUUCUCAAGCACUUCAGAACUGGGUGAUGUUAAAAUCAAAGUUGUAUCACUGUGAGCACAAGAGAGCAGGAUUAGACCAGUGGUUUUAAUUUUGGCAUGUUUUACAGCGUCUUCUCCAAUAUAUGGGCAGGGCUAAGUGCAAAAUUCUUACAAGUGUGAUAGCAAUAUAGUUAUCGUGCUUUUUAUUUUUUGAGGACAAAGUCUAAACAGCCAAACUGAUACAGGUGGGGCAGAGGGAAAAGCUAGAUCUUGACUGCUUUGUACCUGCCUGUCAUGGUGCACAACUUUGUCGUUACCUCUAGCACUGUACAAGUGCCCGGCCUUUGGCAGGGGCUCAAGUUCCAGCUCCUCCACUGCCAGCAUAUCGGCUUCUGUGGUGGAGACUUGCAGACUGAGCAAAAGCAGAUAGAAAAUAAGCUGUCCUAAAGCUAAAGCACAAUAGCCAUUCUUAAAGGAAGGUGCUAAAAUGGACCACUGGAACAGUUCCUUGAUGCAAUAUAUAAAUUAUUUUUAUAUAUUUAAACAUUAGAAAAGCUUCCCUGUGUAAUUAAUAUAAUUCCCUAGUACAGUCACAUCCAGCUGCGGUGACCUGCAGUUGUGCUCACGGGGGGGAUGCAGCUGGAGUACACUCAGGGCACAUGAAAUCUUUGCAGAAUUUAUCUUUCAUAUUUUUACUGUAAAUGUAUGAACUUCUAUUAAUAACUUCCCUAGGGUUGGGAUUUUUCUUGCAGAAACAUCAAAAAGUGUAUUCUGACGUAAUACUUCUAAAUGUCAAAUCCAUGUGAAUGAGGCAGUAGGCAGAGCUGUACACUUUGCCAUAUUUUUAGUCUUGAAAUCCUUUUCUGGGGGUUAUAUUUUCUACAAGAUGCCAUCAUGAAGCUGAAAACCACAGAGGAAACUUCAUCCUGAACAGUCAGUGACUGGCAAAGUUACGAGCAAAUAAAAACGGGGAUUAUGGUCAGUUGUGACUGUAAAAGGUCCUGUUAACUCUGUGUUGUUACAUUAUCCACGAUCUCUGCCUCCUCCAAAUAAAAGGCUGUUAUCCUGUCAAGCUGGGUUUGCCUCUUCGCACCUUUCCCAGCUUGUGUGUCACAGAAGAAUGUGGUGAGUCAAGGCUCAGUGUUGCUGAAAGAGUGUUGUCCUGCUGCUUACCUUCCCUGCUCCUCUGCUGCGUCUUCCAGCUGCCUUUCUUGUGCUGUGUCUGGAAGCUGUUGGAUCCCUGCAUGAACUGAUGCAACUGAAUAACUCAGGAAAGCUGAAAUAGUUUUCUGCAGAGCCAGCAAAACGAGGCAGUUUUCAAACCAUACCAGGCAUCCCAGCAUGACAUGUGCCGGUUCCACUCUGAGGACUACAUAGACUUCCUGCAGAGAGUGAGUCCCAACAACAUGCAGGGAUUCACCAAGAGCCUCAAUGCCUUCAACGUGGGCGAUGACUGCCCAGUGUUUCCAGGCCUCUUUGAAUUUUGCUCUCGCUAUACUGGGGCCUCUCUGCAGGGAGCAACACAGCUGAACAACAAGAUCUGUGAUAUUGCAAUAAACUGGGCAGGGGGCCUGCAUCAUGCCAAAAAGUUUGAGGCUUCUGGGUUUUGUUAUGUUAAUGACAUUGUUAUCGGCAUCCUGGAGCUGCUCAAAUAUCACCCCCGUGUUCUGUAUAUUGAUAUUGAUAUCCAUCAUGGAGAUGGCGUGCAGGAGGCUUUCUACUUGACGGACCGUGUCAUGACAGUGUCAUUUCAUAAAUAUGGGAACUAUUUCUUUCCUGGUACAGGUGACAUGUAUGAAGUUGGUGCAGAGAGCGGUCGCUAUUACUGUCUCAACGUGCCUCUACGAGAUGGCAUAGAUGACCAAAGUUAUAAACACCUCUUCCAGCCAGUCAUUAACCAGGUGGUAGAUUACUAUCAGCCCACCUGCAUAGUACUGCAGUGUGGUGCUGAUUCUCUGGGUUGUGACCGUUUAGGUUGUUUUAACCUCAGUAUAAGAGGACAUGGGGAGUGUGUGGAGUAUGUAAAGAGUUUCAACAUCCCCUUGCUGGUACUGGGAGGAGGUGGUUACACAGUCCGCAAUGUGGCACGAUGCUGGACUUACGAAACGUCAUUGCUUGUAGAUGAAGCAAUUAGUGAAGAGCUCCCGUACAGUGAGUACUUUGAAUACUUUGCUCCAGACUUCACCCUCCAUCCUGAUGUCAGUACGAGGAUUGAAAAUCAGAACUCCAGGCAGUACUUGGAUCAGAUCAGGCAGACAAUAUUUGAGAAUCUGAAAAUGCUGAACCAUGCUCCCAGUGUGCAGAUACAUGAUGUCCCUUCUGACUUGCUCAGCUAUGAUCGCACAGAUGAGCCUGAUCCAGAGGAAAGAGGCUCUGAGGAAAACUACAGCAGGCCUGAAGCUGCCAAUGAGUUUUAUGAUGGUGACCACGAUAACGACAAAGAGAGUGACGUCGAGAUCUGAGGGCUCUGGUGUUGAGCUCUGGACUAUGGGGGAUCCCACAUUGGACAUGAGCACUUGGAGCAGAUAACUGGGCCACGUAGGAGCCAGUUAGCCCUCCCUUUGUAUUUGACUGCAUGCAGUGGCAGCAGAAACAACACCACUGCAGGCUUCUGCUACCUGGAGAGGCAGAGAGCAGUGACAUGUGUUCCUUACUUUCCACCACAUGUCACAGUUCCAGCUGUCACUGCAUCUGGAAAAUGGGAAUUCAAGUAACGCUCAGAUCUGUGCUGUGUACUGGCUGGCUGCCAUGCAACUGCCUUCAGAGCCUGUCCUGUGCUGCUUCAGUCACCCCCCUAACUCCCAUGCAGGCUUCUGCCGGCAAGGUGGGAGCCAGAGCAGUUGUGCCUACAAUCUCUGCCUCUCUUCAGCAGCAACACCUGAUACAUCCUGUUCUCCCUGGCCCUCCACUCAGGUACCCAGUCAAUUGUCCUCUGAAGCCCGCACUGAGGGUUGCUUCCUGAUGUCCCUUCUAACCACCUGACACUCCGCAGCUCAAGGAAAACCAUCCAAGAAGACAAGGCCAGUUGUGGGAUAGGGGUCGGGAGUGUCCCUGGAGGAGGGAGCAGCUUGGUGGAGCAGGAUGGAAGAAUGUAUGCAGAGCAUAGUCUUGUUCAUUCCCCCUGUACUCAGUUUUGCGUUCAUAAGAGUACUGUGACACUUUGCCGAGUUGGACCUAACUCCCCUGUUUUCUUUAUUCUUCAAGAGGCUAAAAUCGCUGUGGAACAGAGGUUUGGCUGCCAAGGUCAGUAUAUAGUGUGUCUUGCACCUCUAAUGUAGCUUCCAGCUGUGUUUUCCAAGUUCACACAUGGCUCUUCUGUGUGUUAGCUAGAGAUUAGGGCUGCUUGCUCGGAAACCAUUCCCUCUUGACUGUACCCAGGAGACGUCUCUCUGCUCGUGAGUGAGGGAAGCUGCUUCCUCCCAAGUCCUGUCGUCUUGCCCUCACACAGCAGAGAUUUCUCUCAGCCAUCCCUUAAAUCCCAGACUUUGCUGCUCCUUCUCCCAAGUCAUCACCUGGUACCUGGCGUGGUUUGGAGUGUGCCAUUUGGGGAGGCGGGAGGGGUUUAGCCUCUGACUGUCUGUACUGUUCUGUUUGUUUACUGGUGUCUUUAAACAUUAAAUGAAGAGGCAGUAUUUUUCUUACCUGA